CUGACAAGGAGCCAGUUAACUUUCGCUGGUCAUUUUUCCCGUUAGCUUGGACCCCCCCUCCGUAAAGCAGCUGCGUUGCUGCUUCCGCUCUGGAAAUCUGGGUGGGUUGUUACAGGGCAGUGUCCGAAGAGACUUCUGCCGUAAGAUCCUGCACUUUAUCUUUAGAAGCCCCGGAAAAUUCAGCGUCGAGGCACGCUAUUUAAGCGAUCCUUUCCCCUCCAAGGAUAAACAAGCAGAGCCGUUAGAAAAAUGUCGUCAAAUUCAAACCUAACCAACAUGCGUCGGCUUGUGGAGCAGCUGAAACUGGAGGCCAGUGUGGAGCGGAUUAAGGUGUCCCAGGCUGCUGCGGAGCUCCAGCAGUACUGCAUCCAGAACGCCUGUAAGGACGCCCUGUUGGUCGGGGUCCCCACAGGGAGCAACCCCUUCAGAGAGCCACGCUCUUGCUCCCUUCUCUAGCCUGCAGGGCAUGAGGCCAGACCAGGGCCUGGACAGAUGACCUUCUGAGCAGCCUGGCCUUAACAAACAUACAAAAGCAUUACACAGAAAAAAAAUCCGCUUUUCCACACAAUUUGUUUAUUUAUGAAUUACUUGACAGACUCUUGUAAUCUGACUUCUUGUUAAAGGUUAAAUUGUAUUUUAGAUCAGGAAGUAUGCUGUGUGUGGUUACAUAAUGAUUUUGCAUGCAAUGGCUGAAUGUUUACAUUUGUAGUUUUGUCCCAGUAUUUUUACUGUCUGCAUGCUCUGGUGGCGAGUUGCAAUUCUAGAGCACAUGGUGAGCCCUAUAACCCAGACAUUCACCAGUCUGGCUUGCGUCAUGUCAUUAGCCGUCUAUAACUGGGAGUCCACAGCGAUGCGACAUAAUUGGCUUUAUGCCAUCGGGGUAGUGCGGGCUUACAUUUGCCAGGAUUCCUCACAUCACUGAACGUUAGUGGCUCCUAGAGACUUGUAAUGCGCCUUUAAAUUAGUGAGUGACAAAUAGGCCAAUCCUUGAGUUGGUGCUGGCCCUUGUGUAGUGCAGCGUGGUAAUUGUGGCGUGUGAAAAUGCUGUUAGCUGCAGACAAGCGUAGGGCUUUGCUUCAGUGCUCAGUGUGGAAAGGUGUCGCAGCAAGGCCAGCUUAAUGCUGAAAUGGCUGUUCCAAACUUAUGUGACAAUGUUGUUGAUCUUUAUAAAUGAAUUGCAAAACGAGGUCAGUUAACUGAGUGGAGGGUUGAGUGUUUUCCCUCAGUGACUGGGUAUGUCCCAACCUCCUGAUCAUCCGGACGAUUAGAUACUCAGUGUCUAAUUUUAUAAUUUGUGUUAUUUGUAUUUACAACACUGUUAAGUAAUCAGUUUCACAGCUGGUUCUCAUACAUAAUGUUUUAAAAAAUUUCAGGGUAUUGUCUGGCAGGGAAAUGAAUGCCUGUAUAAAUGAUAAUAAUGUAUUCUACUGUAUAUAAAAUCAGUUUCUUGAAGACUCCACAUGAAAAUAAAAUUCAAAUUUUACAUUUCACAGAGACAUUCUAAGCUUGAAUUUCAGUGGGAUUUCUCCUGAAUGUUGAGAUAAGAACUGUUUGGUUUGUGAAGAGCGAGAAAGCAGCUUUUUAGCCAAAGAAUAUUUUUAACAGAUGCAAUUAAUUGUCGCAUUCAAUAACAGAAGUUUAAUAAUAUGAACAGGCCAUAUAGCCCAGCUAGGCAUGUCAUUUUGCCUGUAGGCCAGAGUGUGUCUAGGGUUGUGUCAAGCCUUGUCUUGGAACACUGAAGUGUCUUCAAAUCCUGGUAAAAAAAAAAAAUCCUUCCUAGUAUCAGUGUGAACUUUGACUUUAAUUUGCACCCCCUUGUUUUGUUGAAAUUUCCAUAUUCAAAUAGCUUCUGUAAUCCCCUCUGUAACAUAUUAAUAUAAACUUUUAAUCAGAUUGCUGAUGCUCAUAAUAAUGUAUCUUAUCAAUUUGUUACACUACAGUGAUUACCAUAUAAUAAUGCAUGUAAAAGAUAUGGAAAUGUAUAUUUGCCUGCUUGUUGGGUACAAGAACCAAAGAAACUGUUACUAAAUCCCAUUGCUUUCAGACUUUGGUUGCUAGUGCCCUUAACGUUUAGUUUUUCAGGAUUUGUUAUUCAGUAUUUUUUAUAUAGAGUAUAAAUGUAAACUCUUGUUUUCUAAACUCAUCAGUUUAGAUUUGUUUAUAUUUUGAACAUAUAAAAACCAAUUGUCAUUUAAUUGAAAUGCUCAAGA